GAUAAUCUGUCGCCGCCUUCCUCCCCAAGUUCUUCCAGGAAGUUGGAUGAACUGUGCUCUACUCCGAAAUUUCCACUUCUGUUCUAAAUUACUUCGACCUUUAUCUCAAACCUUCUUAUUUUCAAGCACUAGAUUUCCAGUAUUUCAUAAGGUUUCAUUAUUUACCAGUAGUUUCACAACCAUGAGCGGUAAACCAUUUGAACGACUUCCUACCAACGUGGUCCCGAAAAACUACGCCUUGACUCUUCAACCUUCACUGACUGAAUUUACUUUUGCUGGAAAGCAAGUCGUAGAAGUCGAGGUAACCAAGGCAACCAACAAGGUGGUACUCAACUCAUUAGACAUCAAGAUAAGCUCUGUGAAAUUCACUGCCGGAAGUGUAGAUAUCAGUGCUGGUGACAUUACCUACAGCAAGGAGGAUGAAACAGCUACUCUCAUGUUCUCUUCUGAGCUUCCUGUUGGGAAAGGCAACCUUCAUCUAGAUUUUACUGGUGAACUCAACGAUAAAAUGAAAGGAUUUUAUCGCAGUAAAUACCUAGAUGAUGGAAAAGAGAAAUACUGUGCUGUUACACAGUUUGAGCCCACAGAUGCACGCAGAGCUUUUCCUUGUUGGGAUGAACCAUCACACAAGGCAACCUUUGAUGUGACGUUAGUUGUUCCCAAAGACCUGGUUGCUCUCUCAAACAUGAAUGUCAUUGAAGAGAAACAAGCUGAUGACGAUAAAUCCCUAAAAGUGGUCAAGUAUGCACGCACUCCAAUCAUGUCUACCUACUUGGUUGCCUUUGUUGUUGGUGAAUAUGACUAUGUUGAAGACAAAGACAAGGAUGGUGUCACUGUUAGGGUCUACACACCAAAAGGAAAGGCAGCUCAGGGAAAGUUUGCUCUUGAGGUUGCUGUUAAAACAUUGCCAUUCUACAAAGAUUAUUUUGGUAUCAGUUAUCCUCUUCCAAAAAUGGAUUUGAUUGCAAUAGCUGACUUUGCAGCAGGUGCAAUGGAAAACUGGGGGCUGGUAACUUACAGGGAGACAGCACUUUUGAUUGACCCUGAAAACUCCUCAUCAGCUGCAAAGCAAUGGGUUGCUCUUGUUGUUGGACAUGAAAUAGCUCACCAAUGGUUUGGCAACUUGGUAACAAUGGAAUGGUGGACACAUCUCUGGCUAAACGAAGGUUUUGCUACCUGGAUUGAAUACCUCUGUGUAGAUCAUUGUUUCCCCAAGUAUGACAUCUGGACUCAGUUUGUUACCACUGAUUUCUCUAGAGGCAUCAGCUUAGAUGCUUUGAAAAAUAGCCAUCCUAUUGAGGUACCAGUGGGUCACCCUGCAGAGAUAGAUGAGAUCUUUGAUGCAAUUUCCUACAGUAAGGGAGCAUCAGUUAUAAGAAUGUUGCACCAUUACAUAGGAGACAAGGAUUUCCGUGCUGGAUUGAAGAACUAUCUCAACAACUUCAAGUACAACAAUGCUUCGACUGAGGACUUGUGGGACUAUCUGGCCAAGGCAAGUGGCAAGCCUGUUGCUAGUGUCAUGAAUUCCUGGACAAAACAGAUGGGUUUCCCUGUACUGUCUGUUAAAGCACAGCAGAAAGGAAAUGACAAGGAACUGACCAUCACACAAAAGAAAUUCUGCGCAGAUGGAUCUGGUGAAGCGACCAACCAACUGUGGCAUGUCCCUGUCAGUGUUAUCACGAGCAACAACACCUCUGAUCCUGCUGCUUCUACACUUCUGGAGAAGGAUUCUUGUACUUUACUGGUCAGUGCAGUCCAAGCUGACCAGUGGGUUAAGGUGAACCCUGGUCAAGUAGGUUUCUAUAGAGUGCAGUACGAUUCUGACAUGCUGGAACUCCUGCUUCCAGCCAUCAGGGACCUUUCUCUUCCUCCUCGCGAUAGACUUGGCUUACAGAGUGACUUAUAUGCCUUGUCUCGUGCUGGUCUCGUGCCAACCACAGACUUCCUCAAAGUAAUAGAUGCUUAUUCCAGCGAGGUGAACUACACUGUAUGGAACGACUUGACAGCCAACCUAGCCAACAUGGGGGUUAUCCUACAAUACACUGAUUACCUUGACAGCUUUGGCAAAUUCUCUCUGAAGCUAUAUGAACCCAUUGCUGCAAAAUUGGGCUGGGAUGCCAAAGAAGGGGAAGGUCAUCUUGAUGCUCUUCUUCGUGGUCUGGUCAUCAACCGUUUGGGCAAAUACGGACACGAGGCAACAGUCGAGGAAGCACGAAAACGCUUUGAAGCCCACUGCAAGAAGGAGGCUACCAUUGAUGCUGAUCUGCGAUCGUCCAUCUAUAGCAUCGUACUCAAACAUGGUAAUGAAGCUACUCUUGAUGCUGUGGAAAAGCUGUUCCGUGAGGCAGAUCUGCACGAGGAACGCGUACGGUUGAUGCGCUGUAUGGGUAGUGUCACCCAACCAGACCUUAUCAAGAGAGUUCUCAAGUUUGCUGUGUCGGACGAUGUCCGCUCACAGGACACCGUGUUUGUUAUUGCUGGUGUUACUGGAAGUGUGACUGGAAGGGAGCUUGCCUGGCAAUUCGUGAAGGAUAACUGGAGUAUGUUUAACGAACGUUACGAGGGAGGCUUCCUCCUGUCACGACUUGUCAAGUCUACAACAGAGAAUUUUGCUAGUGAAGAGAAAGCCAAGGAAGUAGAG